AUGGGAUUUGGAGAACGCUGGAUUAGAUGGAUUAAAUUUUGUAUUACCAUAGUGAAGUACUCAAUUUUAAUCAAUGGUGGAUCUGUUGGGUUUUUCUCUCCCCAAAAAGGCCUCAGACAGGGAGAUCCACUGUCACCUUUUUUGUUCAUUCUUGCUAUGGAAGGCCUAAGCAAAAUGUUACACAAAGCUAACCAGCUCCAUUGGCUAGAGGGUUUUAAGGUGGGCAAUGAAGAGGGCAAUUUUGUGAUAGUGUCGCAUCUGCUAUAUGCAGACGACACUCUGAUUUUUUCCGGAGCUGAAAAAUCACAAGUUCUAUAUCUUAAUCUCACGCUGAUGAUCUUUGAAGCUAUUUCAGGCCUACACAUGGACAUGAUGAAAAGUACCAUCUAUCUGGUUAACACAGUCCCAAAUCUGGAUGAGCUUGCAAAGGUUAUGUGA